ACAAAUGGCUUGAAGUGAUGUGGACGGAGGAUAUUUAAGUAGGUUUAGGUGACUAAAUACGGCUCUCUGGCAUGUUUUCGUCUGUCCAGGCUGUGUUCCUCAUCGACGUGAACAGUUUCGUGGGCCUAUCGAGCACCGAGCGUGAACUAGAGCGAAAUGUGGCGCGGCUGAAGUUGGGCUGCCUCAAGGUGCUGACAGAGUGCGGCGCGCGAACUGAGCGGGGCUGCGAAGAGGUGCGCUGGGCCUGCAAAUACUACGACUCCCUCGCCUUCAGGCCGGACACCGCCAGGAAGAGCUUCGUCGACUUCAACAGGACGAGUUUCGACGAGUUUGACAAUGACGUCACGGACAGGUUUUGCAAGGCCUUCGACGGCAGGCAGGCGCCGAGCGAGCAGCCCCUGGCAGGGGAGCCUGGCAAGCCCCAUUGUUACAUUCUGAAGAAGGCUCUGCAAGAGGUGCUCCUCGACUACAACUGGGACAGGCCGGACAUCAGCUCGCCCGUGAAGACGAACAGGCGGAGGACGAAGGGCGGGCAGAGCAAACUCCUUCCCGAUAAUGUAGGUCCUUACAACAGUGUGAUUGUGUGCACUCGGGUGCCUCACAACCUGGAGGGCGUGAGGCACUUCUGCGGCUGUGACUCGGAGGCAGGGGAGGCGCAGGUGACGGCCGAAGACUUCCUGGGCACCGUGGUUGACCCUGCACUGCUCAAAGGCUUCCAGGAGGACAAGCAGAUACACCUGAACUUUAUUAAUGUAUCGGAUGCCCCAGACACGGCAGCUAUUGAUCCCCGCGUGACAAGCACCAUAAAUGCUGGCCUGAGCAAACUCAAUGGCAGCCUGCAUCCCCUCAGCAACAUCGUCCAGUCGGGUGCGUUGCAGAUUGCAGCCAACGAGAGGGUCCCGGAGGCAGGGGGGAUAUUCCCGUCUCCUCCUGUGUGCGUGGCAGGGAUUGGGGUGCAGGUGACAUGGUGGAAGAAAACACGAGGAGCCCGGCCUCGUCGCCCUCAGCCAGGUCCCUUCUUGGUGUGGGAGGACGCAGAAGGGAUUUCCUACCUGAAGGUGCAGUUGGAGGUGUUGGCCGUCCAUGGAAGUUCCUCACAAGAAUGGGGAAAUGCAGUAGUGGUUGGUGUAGUGCGAACAAGCGCAGUGAGUGUAUUGGCUGUAGCAGGGGGAACUGGCCAUCUGUAUGUCUGCCAUGCUCCAAACACUGUGUUCACUACCUUGAUCAGUGUGCUUGCAAAAUAUCAGCUGUCAGUGCUGCUCAAACUAAACUGUGGAGGAGUUGCUGUCCUGUGUCCAUGGGCAGGGGGAGUUGGUUGUCUUGCUGUUAUAUCUGCGUCAGGUCUGGCGACACCCCCACUACAUAGCCAAGCAGCUUCUCAGGAAACCCGGAUUACUGAUCCUGGCUUACUUAAUUUUGUUGCUCAGACAGUUGAGAAAUGUCUGAAGAAUGCAUCUCCACACAUGAAUGGGGAGACUGUAGUAACCACGAAGAGGUUUUCUGCACACCAAACAGAAAGAUGGUAUAGGCCCUUAAAGGGAAGCAGUGAUGCAGUGAAACAAAUCAGGAAAAAACGAGCUACCAGAAUGGAACGCAAAGCAAUGCAAGAGCGUUUGCAGAAAAGAUACCGCCCCCAGAUUCCUUGUCCUCUGUCAGCUGGGGAGAUGGGCCCUGUUGACCUUGUUGAUGUGACGCAACCAUUGGAAGAAGCUGGACCUUCUAAAAAGCCUACCAUGAGCCGUGCUCAACAGCUAGUAAAGAAAAGUCAUAUUGUAACAGCUCAACAGAAAGUAAAGGAACAACGUGCAGAAGAAGAAGAACGUGUGCAAGCAACAGAGCGCAGGGCAGCGCAGGCCUCGGAACAGGCUCGGAAGUCUCAGGCCCUUGAGUCACAAGUUUUGAAUAAGGUGUCUGAUAUUCAGGACACAGAAAAGCUGAUCCAAACUCUGAAGAAUCUGUGCAAUGGUGAUGGCAUUGAGACAGACCUCUUUACAUCAGCACAGACUGUGAUUAACCUUGCCCUCAUGCACGUCAAGAACAGCUGUGGGAAAGACAUGGAGGGUGGACUGCGAAAAUUGUUAGGCAGUGGUGUUAUGCAAACCACGGUUGAUAUCAAUAAUGAGCAUCCUCCAGAGUCUCAUCUGCACCAUUAUAAGCUCCAAACUUUGUUGCACCUGGAGCUAUUAUGGGUCUUGGGUUACUCGUCUAGUGGCCAAAUGGAGGAUGAGGAGGAGGAAAGCAGGGGAAGCAGCAUCAGAGAGCAUCAUGUGGAAGAGGCAGUGAAGAUGCUGAGGGCCAUAUCCCUUCGCCAUAACCCAACUACUAUGGCCACCUUCUUGCAGGAGACAGUCUUAGAAAAUUAUGUUGGAACUCUUGGGGAGGUGCUGGUAGAAAUCUAUGAAGAACUAAAUCAACCUCUCCCAGGGCCCCUGAAGAUUCUCACAGGAGACUUGAGUUCUGUGGCCGACACGAGGCCCAAUUCUGUGAAAUCCCAUGCAAGUUCUGUGGUUAGCUAUGACAGUACCUGUGGCUCAGUUGAGAACCCAGGCUCGGGCAAAUCACGAGAAGGGCGGAGAAUGUCUUCACGUCAUCCAAGCCUAAAAGAGACAAGCAAAAGAACCAUUGUCAUACCAGUGGUAACUAGGGCACUGAGAAGAACCACUAGUGAGCAAACUAAACAAGCAGCAGCUCCCCCAGCUCCUGUUGCAAAUAAAGCUUCUGAGUCAACCGACAACGACAUUAAAAAAGUGUGCCGCAACCUCUUCGACCUGAGCGAUGGUGCAGCUCCGAAGCCCAAGUUGCAGAGAUCAAUGACCGUUGGAUCGGUACCCGUGGCAGAACUGAGACGCAGCCCUCGGAAGAAGCACAGAAAGUCCACUGCUAUCACCCCAAGGAAAAGCAGAAUAUUAAUGAAACAAUCGAAAGGGUCUCAUAAAACUCCUGUCAAGGGGAUGCGCACUGCAGAAAAGGGCAUGAAGACUCCAAAAUCAAAGAAAGGAGGUGUAAUUGUACCUGAAACACCUGGAGAUAAAGUUGGACAGACUAUGUUUAACAAAAGAAGGAUUCGGAAAAGCACAGGCACUACAUUGGUCACUGAGAGCCCAGAUAUUAAAAGAGUCAGCAAAACAACACCCCGAAGGCUGCAAGCAAGUUUGACAAUUACUCGCAGAAACUCUUUCUACUCUGGUGCACGGUCCCGAAACUGGGAACGUGGUAAGACACAGUUGCUUGCAGACCACAUCCGCAGCCAUUCUGAAAGACGGAGCUUAGAUUCCAGUGCUUUCCAAAGUGUGGGAGACGCUAGUUUCUUGUUCUCAGAAAUCUUGUCAGCAAGUCAAUCGGAUCUUUCACGUCAAGAGUCCACCAGUAACAAGAAGGAUUGUAAUGAUGCUGGAACUCCAGAAAGACGUGUUUUGGACUAUGGGUUGGAUACAAGCACUGAAGUUGAGGAAAGUUCAGAAACAGUAAGUUCAGGUAAUAAUGUGUCCAAUAAUACGUCACAGUCAUCAUCAGUCUUCUCUGACUCUCCUGCUAAAAAUUCUCGUGCACAGCAGUUAAAUAGAGAUUAUGAAGAUUCAUUAUCUAGGAGGAAUUUGAAACGAACUCCUGUAAAGGCUGUAAAAAGGGCCCUCUCGCUCUGUACUCCCACAAAGACAAUUUUAGUCCCUAAAUCUCCCAGGAGGAGCCUUCGUAUUGAGUCAGGCAAAGAGGAGCCAUUAUUCUGUACCCCAAAGAAAGUAAAUGAUAGUCCUUUCAGUAAGAAAAUUUUCUCUGUUGAUGGAACGGUUCCUGGCACACCCAAACAAGGUAGCCAGAAUAAAGCACUAUUUGAUACAUCCCUAUCCACUAUGACACCAAGCAAAAGGGUGCAAUUCAGCCUGACACUUACUCCAAGUAAACGUGUUCUAAUGGCCAAUAAUCCACAAACUCCCAAAAACAAGUUGGGAAUAUUGUCUAGUAAUCCUCCAACUCCCAAAAGCAUUCUGAAAACUCCCUCCAAGACUCCUGGAAAAACACCUGUUAAAGCCAAUAUUCAGAGUCCUGACAUAUUUGCUACUACGGGAAAGAAAGAAAAGCAGACUCCAGCGAAAACACCAUUAAAGGGUAUGGAUGGUAAAGCAGGCCUGAAAGUAUCCAAAUUAAAUUUAGAAGACAUCAGUGAGAGAGUUCCUGAAACUCCUUCCAAAGUAGAUAUAGGUACUCCUGUGAAAGUUGGUACAUUUGUCUGUAAUGGAGAAAGUGAAAUUGAACUUCUAUCACCAGUAAAAGGCAGCAGAAGCCAUAGUACAAGUUCAGUCCUACUUUACACUCCAGAGAAAAAAUAUCCACUGGCAGAGGAUGCAUGUAUAGAGGGUGAAAGCGAGAAUUUAUCAGGAAACACAGACCAUGGACCAGACAUUAGUGUUGAAACUUUAAAGGGUAUUACCCCAGAGGAUGUUGAAUUGAUGAAUACACUUAUGUUUGGAAAAGAACAAGAAGAAAGCUCUGAGAUAGCAGCAGCAGAAAUCAGUGAAGAUGAUGACUUUUUCAAGCUAGAUAUCAAUGGUAUCUUGUGUUCUCUCUCCAGUCCUACCAAACAAGCAAGUAAUCAGUCUCCUGUUGUAAGCCAUAGUUUGCAUGAAGACUUGGUCCCAUCUUUAGGAGAAACAAAAACUCCUUUGCUUGAUUUAAAUGCUUUCUUGAAUGAACAAGUAACCCCUGAAAAGAAUAUUGACAGUAAACCAUGUAGUGAGGAUCUUCUUGCUAGUCCUGAAAUUACUUUGGACCCAAAAAUGAAGAGGUAUAUAGAGAGAAUGAACCAACAAUUUAAAAGCCUUGAAAACAGUGCAGAAUCCCAGCCAAAUGUUGCCAUGGAUGAGACUGUGGAAGAGGAAAGAUUAAAAGAUGAUGAUCAGGUAAAGGAGAGUGUUGAAAGUGAGAUUACUGUCGAUGCAGACAAAGAAAGUGCAGCUUUAUCUAUUGACUCAGAUGAAAACAGUUUAAGUGAAUCAGAAAAAUCCCAUGUUACAGAAACUCUUGAAGUACAAAGAACAUUGACAAACAAAUCUCCAGAAAAAGAUGCAAAAGAAAUGGAAAGUGAAAGAAGAGGUAAAAAGUUAGUUAGAUCAUUGGUAAAUGAGAAAGAGAUGGAAACACUUCAGGCAGUAGCUGUGUCAGAAGAAUCAACAUGUAUUGAAACAAAGAAAGACGAGGUUGUGGUGUUGGAAAAAGUGGAGCAAGGAUCCGAUCAUGAAUGCAAUAUGACACUCAAGAGAGGAACUAGAAGAUCACUUGUGCAUUCAGAACCUUCAGAGGUGAGUAAGUCAUCAGUGGAUAAAUCUGAAGAAACCGAAUCAUUGGAAGAAGAAAAGUGCCAAAAUAACUUAGAAAAAGAUGAAGGGGAGAAAACAGAAAGGCAGGUGGAACAGUUUAAAAGAUUACCAGAGAAUGUUUUACAGAAAAAAGUCAGCAGUGAUAGUGGUGGACAGGAAGAGGAAAUCAAAUCUGUAAUUAAACCUGAAAGAAUAUGUAGAAGAGAAACAAGAAGAUCUGGGAAUAAAUCAUUAUUGCACAGUAGUGAAGAGUCCUCAACUAGCAAGGCUGGGGACUCAUUUAGUGUUCGUAUUGAAGAUGACAAGGAAGAUUCUGAAGCACCAGGUGAAGUACUUAACACAAAAGAUGCAGCAGAAAAAAUAGCUAGUGAGAGUGAGAAGCCAGAACUGGAAGAAGGAGAAAAAACAGUGUUACUGGAGGGAGAUGUGAUAAAUGUUAACCAUAUGGAUGAUGUGAUAGAUGAUAAGCCAAAACCUGUAAGUAAAUCACCUGGAAGUUUACCCUCAUGUGAUAAUUCCUUAAUUAAUCAGCCUGAAAGUAGAGACUCAGACAAAAAAAGCAAGAAAACUACCAAGAGGAAGAUAUUUGAAAGUGAUGAUGAGGUUGAGGAGACAGUCAAUCAAGAGAAUAUUAAAAGGAGACUGAGCAGCAGUAAUAGACAGGACUUCAAAAGGAGAAAGGGGAAUGAUAGAAGGGCGAGUCUGAGGAAACAGGCAGAGGUACCAAAAAGAAAAACUGAAGAAAGAACAAGCAAGAGGAGCUGUGUCAGAAGAAUUCCCUCAUUCAAAGAGUACAGUAGUGAGGAUGAGGAUUAUAUCUUUGAAACUCAUGUAACGUCACCUGUUGAUACUGUCGAGAAGAAGGCUGAUGCACCGUCUUCAAAGAGGAGGAGGAUAUUUGAAGACGACGAUGAUUUCAUAUCUCCUCUGAAAGCAGACUCGGAAUUGAUGCCUUUGAAAAAUGUUGAAAAUCUACCCCAUAACAAUAAAAGUAAUACUGUAUCAGUUGAAAAUGAUGUUAAGAAGGCAGGGGUAGAAUCUAGUAAACUUGAUCUACAGGAUUCUCCAUUAUCUAAAGUAAGCACUCCAGAUAGGUGCAAGCAACAGAAAAUUGAUAUUUAUCUCUCUCCCAUACACAAACAAGCUGCAGAAGCUGAAAAUGUAACAAGACUUACUACAGAAACUUCAGUACGGAAAAGACCAGAGACACCAAAUGACUGGAAGAGAGUCAAACCAAGAGCUAACAAGAGCAAGAAUUCUAAGCUAGAUAUAGACAGUGAUGCUCCAAAAAGUACAACUUGUCAAACAGAAGCCGGAAGAAAUGAAGAAAAACCUCGGGGCAGGACAGCAAAGAGAAAGAGAAGAGGCGUGAAAUUAAAACUCACCAAAAGUGGAGAUCACUACCAAGUUUCUGAAGCAAAUGCAUCAGUUGGAAGUUCAGAUCUCAAUUCCAGUAGUGAUAUGCAAGUUAAUUCUGCCACAAAUAAUGACAAGAAAGAUGCUGACAAUUCUUUAGAUUCAUCUAGUGCAUGUGAUACUCCUGUAUCAAAAAAGAAGAAAGGCCUGAAGGAAAAAUCUAUAAUAACACCUCUGCGAUUUACCAGACAUAUGUCAAAAGACUUGAGUGUGUCUCCAGAAUUCUUUCAGAAACUGAUCACCUUAUCCCCAGAGAGAGGAGGAAGCCCCAUGAAAAAUUCAAAGAGGAAGAGUGAUGAAGCAUUAGGACACAAAUUAGAGAGAGAAAUGAUGGAACAGCAAAACAAUGGAGACGAUUCAAUUAGCACGACUUCAAGCAUUGGGCACUGUAACAGUUCAGACCUUGAAGACCUUCCCUUUAACUUGUCACCAGACCCCGAAUUGAAGAGCCAAAGGAAUACAGUUGUUAAUGAGGAAUGGACCGUUCAGAAUGUCCCAGGAUCACCCACCAUGAAGACCUUUAUACGCAAACAAAAGAAUAAACAUUCCAUUCACAAAAGUCCCCGUAUAGAAUUGUCUCCGAUCCAAAGUAGGUCAAGAAGCUCUAGACUUUCCAACCCAAGUAUGUUAAGUCUUGUUCAUUUAUCUGUGUCACCAAUAAUUAAUAACAAAGUAAAUAUGGAUACCCAUGAAUCUCAAGGCAACUCAAGAUAUCAACAAAAGCCGAAGUCUAGCAGAAGGUUGUACAGAAGCAGCAAAAAUUUUUAAACUUUCUAUGGUGAUAGACCUGAUAGAAACCAGUGAGUAAUAUCUGGUUGUGCAAGAUUCUAAGUGUGCGGGCAUAUUUUUAUAGGUACAAUUCCUGAUUGUCGACUGUGGCAAGCAGGCUUUCUGAGUGUUUGUGUUUGUAUGUUUAUGUGAGUGUAUAUUAUGUAUUUUCAAACCAGUUUCCUAAAUUUUAUAUAGAAAUAUAUAUUCUGUCUAUAAAUGAAUUGCUUGUAUAGUCAUAAUAAUAAUAAUGAACAUUUGGAGUUGAUAGUAUUGACAUUAUAAAUUUCCUGGAUAUUUUCAUUUACUUCUUUUUAGAUGUAGUUUUUUUGUGUUAUUAGUUUUACUAUUAUCAUUAGCAUUCUUUGUCAUCAUUAUUAUAAAUAUUUUAAAAUUAUUAUUAUUAUUAUUAUUAUUUUAUUAUCAUCAUUAUCAUUAACCAUUAUUGUUACUUUAUCAUAAUAUUACACGAUCGUCACUGGUUGUUAUUACAUUUUUUUAUUAUUAUUAUCAUUAUCAUUAUUACUGUUUCUUGUAUUUAUUAAUGAAUUGAUUAUAUUAUUUAUUUUGAAUGUCAUGAAUUGGUGAAGGAAUCAAUUGCAAUGUCUGUGUAUACUCUUAUUUCAUUUUACCACAGCAUUUGGUAAUCUUUCCCUUGAAUUUUUUCUGUACAGUAUUUAGAUUUCAGUUUUAACGACUCAAUUCAGAUUGUUCAUUUUAUAUUAGUAUUGUAUAAUGCUUGAAAUAUUAUUUCAGGAAUAGAAUUUUAUUAAUUUCACUUAUUUAACACUUGCUUUAAUGUCAUGGUGUUUGUAUUUUCAGAAAUAAAUUGGACU